UUUAUCAGCUCGGCGGUGCUGAAAAGGACAGCUCCUCCCCCGGCUGCAGAUAUGCUCACCCGGAUGCUGAAACUCAGGCUUCUCAACGCCGUGGCCCCCGCGUACUUCUUCACGGCAACGGUGGUCACCUUCAUCCUGCACUUUGGCUUCUUUGUCCCAACAAUCUUCCCCGACACGUCACAUGCAUGGGGGUCCACAGCUGUUCACUCCGUGGUCUUCCUUUUCCUCAUGUUUAACGCCCUGGGGAAUUACAUGAUGACCAUCUUAUACACGGCGGCGAGCGGCAACGAGACGGCGGUCCCGGUGUGUUCGCCGCACUGCUCAGACAAAGUGGACGCUCACUAUCUACUGAACGGUCGCCACUUCUGCAAACUGUGCAAGAAGGUGAUAUUCAAGCGGGACCACCACUGCUUUUUCACCGGGAAUUGUAUCGGCAACAAAAACAUGCGCUACUUCAUCAUGUUUUGCAUCUACACCUCCUGCACUUGUUUGUACUCGCUGGUUCUUGGCGUGGCCUUCCUCACAGUGGAGUACUCCAUCUCUUUUGACAACCCGCUGACCUUCCUGAGCCUUCUCCCCCUCUCCACCGGCUACUUCUUCAUGGGGACCAUCUCCGGCCUUCAGUUCUUCCUGGUCCUGAUGCUGUACGUGUGGCUUGGCAUCGGGCUGGUCUGUGCAGGUUUCUGCUGCCAGCAGGUGCUGCUGGUGGCCCGGGGGCAGACCUGGUGUCAGAUGCAGAGGGGGCAGCUGGUGGAAAACCGCAACCCCUGGAGGAGCAACCUCAAGGAUGUUUUUGGCACCAACUGGGCGCUGGGCCUCAUCCUGCCUGUGCACACGGUGGAGAUGUGCUCUGGAGAGGCACUCAAAGAAGACUGAGCAUCUCAUCAUUCAUUUAUGAAAAAACAAUUUUUUCAUUUACCGUAUUGAUCCGAAUAUAAGACGGUAGGAAAAAGUCUCAGGUUACAGAGGUUUUUCUGCUGUCACUCACACACACCAGUGACUUGCAGGCCUGAUGUGACACGUGGGGUUUAACAGCAAAUUCUGGGUCCCACCCCACCCUAGACAACAACGUCGUUGCCCCAUACACACACAUUUGGUGUGUUUGCAUGCUCUAAAUUUCGAAUUGGGUUUGGUUGGAUCCAGCAUUUUUAAGACAUGUAAAAAAAAUAAAUUAAAAAUCAGUUUUUGAUAUUUUUAAGACUGGAUUGACAUUUCUAGAUGAACACUCGUGAAUAAAUUAUUUUUUAUGUUACUUUUUUUUUCCUAAAAUAAUGCCUACAAAUUCAGUGUAAAGUGGCCAGAAUAUGAAUAAAUAUACUAUACUAUCUAACCCUUCAUUAUGAUUAAAAAUAAGUUUUCUUUUACUUCAGAGUGUAAAGAUUACGCAUUACACCUAUGACUAUUAUCAGUGGAUACUGUAAAUCAUAAUAUUAUUACAUCAUUAUUAUUUAUUUUAUUUUAUUAUUAUUGCAUCUCCCAGAGGUUAAGCCUCCCCUUGUCUUUAAAACCCAGUGUCCAUCCAUCCAUUUACUACCGCUUAUUACCUUUUGGGGUCGCGGGGGGCGCUGGCGCCUAUCUCAGCUACAAUCGGGCAGAAGGCGGGGUACACCCUGGACAAGUCGCCAUCUCAUCGCAGGGCCAACAUAGAUAGACAACAUUCACACUCACAUUCACACACUAGGGCCAAUUUAGUGUUGCCAAUCAACCUCGUGUCUCUAACGUUAAUUGAGAAUCCUUGAACUCACCAUUACUGGCAAUAAGAUGCAAAAGUAAAACCAGUCCUAUGCUGCCGCAGAUGGAUUGAUCUUUUAUCACCUCAAUAUUGUUAGAAAAUACUGGUUCUUUGUGUGAAUAUCAUUUAAUGUUUUUGAUACAUGGGUAUAGAUACUAGUCUUGCAUCCUGAGAACCAGCCUCCCCUGUAGAGGACAUUUGAGUCUUGUGUAACAGGGCUACAUUAUUUAUGUUUGAAAUUUGUAUCUAUGACAUAAGAAAUACAACAUAAUCAAUAAAAUGUCCACCAAAAAAAGGUUUUUAUUUCUCUUUAGGGAGGAAAUCAAAAUUCAACACAUUUUUUUAAAGCAUAUAUUUUGAAAGUCACAGUGAAAUGUCCAUUCAGUAAACAUUUACUAUGGACAUCUAAGAAAAUAUUAACCAACUACUAUUUUGAAAACACUAUAAAAUACAUGUUUUUACAUAUUUGAACAUAUUCCAAUACUCUUAAAUGUAUUGCAAAACGGCUGCGCCUUCUGACUUCAACAUUUUUUUGGAAAAAUAAUAGGUAUAACAUCCACAAUCUAUUAAAAACUACAUUCAUAUUCUAUUACAAGAAAUCGAUUGAUAUUCAGCCAAAAAAGUUAAUACAGACAAAAUUCCUCAAAUCACAAAAUAUAUACUCAGAACUUUUGACACAAACCUUUUAAGUGGGUUAACACUAACCCUAAACUCAAAACAUAGCUGUCCACAGGGUUUGGGUUUAGAUAAUGCUUAUCUACAAAAAAUAUGUUUUUUAUUGUAAUAAUUUCCCUGAUACUGAAACAUGACUUUAAGAAAAGUAUUAUUUUGUCUGUGAUUAUCUCAGAAAACAUUUUUCCAAGAACAGGUCUUAAAAAAAGGGGAACAUCUAAUAUUGGGGUCAAUAUGGUAAAUACUGAAUACGGUGGAACCUCAAAAUAGGCUUUGCAGAAAAGAAUAUGUGUAGUGAUCCUCAUGAAUUAACAAUGCAGACAAUGUGACUCAGCCUAGUUGCUGAUGGGCAGCAUGGGUUACGUACUGUAAUUAUUCAGGGUAUUAAUCACAAUGUGCCAUAAAAUCAUGUCUUAAACAUUUUGUACACUAGAACUCCACAGAUGCUUAUAGUUAAUGAGGGGACCUUGUGGUAAUAGUAAGGACUUCCUACUGUUUCAACAUACCCAACAUUGUUUUUCUACAUUUAACCACUUUUAAUUCUUAGAGCAAGUUCGUCUUUUCCUUGUACACACAUACACACUCACAGUGCAAUAAGUGAUUUUAGAGUCUUCAAUUUAAAGCACUUUUCUGUGUCACUUAAGCUAGAAUCUUUGCGCAAGAAGAAAAAAUUACAGAAGACAUGACUUUUCAAAUAGUUUAAUGACCGUUAGUCAAGAGGACCUUUUACAACAAAACUCAGACAGAUUAGUUUAUUUCUCCGUCUUACUAGAACAACAACUCUAAGUAUUGCAAGAAAGUAGUAUUGCCCAAAUAAAGAAUUUAACAUUGCCAUUACAUUUUUCCAUGUGUGGCUUCCUGUCAUGACAUGUUAAUUUUUUGGAGAGCUUUUCGCAAAAAUUUAUAAAGUACAGCGAUCAAGGCCGCUCAAGCAUUAACACAUAUAAUCAAAAGGCACAUUUAACAUUCAUGUUCACAUUAAAAAAACUAAGGAGCAGAGCAAUAUUGGGUCACAAAAGUGCAAGAGGCUGAUAUGUAACUAAUACUUCUCAGCUAUUAUAGUGCCAUCGUCAUCUCAGUAAUUAGCAAAAUAGAAAAAAGUAACACAUCCAAAAUAAAUACAAGGCCACAAAACUGAAUUAAUUUUUUUGGAAUUUGAAAACAAAACACUUUCUUCAGAAAAAUAGUUAGAAAAGUGUAAAUAAUAGCAAACAAAUAAAUAAUACAAGUUGUGCCAACUGCCAUUAUGGGAUUGGGGUGGAUAAUUCAAAUUAAACAGAACUUGAAAUAACACAUGUAACUAUUUCUCACAUUACUAAAGAUGGAGUUGGUAACAUUAGCUGAGUUGGAGGGCGGUGGCAUGGAAUGUGCGUACGUAACGCAAACAAUAUCUCGUAUUCAAAUUAUCAUCACACCUUAACUCACAGUUGUCUACAGACUAACAACACGUUAUUAGUAGUAGAUCAUACAAAAAUCCCUCUGAACUUCAUGGGUUUAAUCUGAAUAAAGUGAAAGAAAAAUUCAAAUGUCCAACAAGACUACUAAACUGAAAACAAAAAUAAGGAAAUGAAGCAACUGUGCUUCAAUUAGAACCUCCUGGUCAAUUAUUUAUUCCGUUCAUUAGCAUCAAAGAUGUACAUGAGUCUAUCCUAGUUUUUGUUGCAUUAUGACAAAGGUAUCACUUAGGUAAAGUUAAAGAGGAAACUACUAAGUAUUUGUAUAAAUGUGGUCAUUUUGCAGUACGUUUCGUUGUUACUAACACUCUCAGAUAAAUUAAGUUAAAACAGAAUUUUUAUCCUAAAUAAAAACUGAAUUUUGGGCCGUAAACAAUAAAUUCAAUUAAGAACUAGUUAUCGAGUGCGUAGUGGAAGAAGACACUAUCCUGUUUCACAACUUUGCUGAGCUGAGUUUUUGCACUUCAUUAUGUCUCCGAAGCGUGAGCAGACUCUUCUGGUGGUAGUGCGAGAUACAAAAAGAAAGCGAAGUUAAAAAUGGCUAAACUCUUAAAAAAUUUAAAAAAAAUCAAAAUCACAUUUGGCCACAUGUUCAGUCCAAGCCGAACUAUGAAAUGGAAACUGAUAAAUAAGCAUAGUUCUUUUUUGUAUUGCUUGAAUUAAUUCUUGUUAUCUCUUUUGUGACUGCAUUUAAUGUCUUUCAAGUGUUCAGUGUACGGCUGCUACAAUAUUUUGCCAUUUAAAUGCUAUAGUUUACAAUGUAAGCCUUCCAUUAAUUUAAGGUGAUUAGCGUUGAGAUAAGAUUUUCAGAAAAUUCAUUCAAUAAAAAUAUAUAAACAAUGUCCCUUUUUUCAAGCGUUACUUUUAAGUACGAGAUCCCACACAAUUCUUGGUAGACUAAACUUGGGUGACAUCUGAUAUUGUGCGUGUUGUGCCAUGCUUGUACCGUUCACCACAGACUAGGGGUCUCCAAUUUAUUUGAUCCUGAAAGCUACUUCUACAAAAUCAACAUCAGCAACAUAACAUGUUUUUGUAAUAUGUAUUUCAAGCCAUACAAAGAGAAUAUGUUUGUUUUGCUAGAUAAUUAACACAAUGUUUAGAUCUGCAACUGACAUUUUGCAAUAAAACAUUUUUAUGCGUC